AGCAGUUUUGCUCUGGCCUCGGAGCUAGAAGAGCGUACGUUUCGGGAAAAGUCGCAAACCUUUUUUUUGUUGUUGUUUUCGCUCCCUUUCAAAACAGUUUUGCAACUAGAGAGGGGGAAAAACUAGUUUAAUUACGUCACACAAUAAUAAACGAAGGGAUCUCGCGCGUUUGUGAGUGAGAAAAAAAAAAAAGAGACGGGGGUUGUAACUUCUGUAACACGAACGAAACGGGGUGAAGUUUUGUGGGAAAAUAGCACGGAUGUUGCUGGAAAAUUGUGAAAUUGAAUGCGUUCUUCUCUCUGGCUGGCUGGCGUUAUGGGUGUAGAGAUCGAAGAUUUUUCCUCUCGACCAGUAGCGAUUCGACAUCGUCAUCUUCACCACCGUUCUCAUUGACGACGACGACGACGACGGAAGGAGCGGAGAGAGAACAACAACUGGUUGCACUCGAUCAUUCCAAGAGUGAGAGAAAAAACAGCAUCUUGUAAGCCCGUACGACAGCUGCUGCACCUCGGGAAACCCCGCACUGCUUUAGUCUUGGUCCAACUGCCGUGACUGAAAGAUCGUUCAUUUUCCUUUCCCUUCUCCGCAAACAUCUUUCAUCUUCUUUGACCGGAUCGAAUCGAAACGCGCGGAGUCUGUGUAGCGUCGGUAGCAAAAUGACCGCGCAAGUUCUAUCAAUACCACGGGAUUAUACUGAUAACAAAGUGAAGGAUGAAAACACAUCGUACGGAUUAACGGGGACAUCAGUGACAUACCAUAUAGAAGUGUCUCGGCUGGAAUCGUUUUUAAACUGGAGCAUACCGUUCAUCAGCAAGUUCGAGUUGGCCCGGUUUGGAUUUUAUUAUGUGGGGCCGGGUGACAUGGUGAAGUGCUUCUUCUGUCGGGUUGAAAUUGGACUGUGGGAGCCGAAUGAUAAUGUGUUAUCGGAACACUUGCGGUGGUCUCCGUACUGUCCGCUGCUGCGCAAGCGCCCAACAAAUAAUCAACCGCUCGAUGCAAGUUUCCUGGACCAACUGCCGGAGCCAAGCUAUGAUACCUGUGGUAUCCAGAUUAGGCAGCACUCCGUGGCAGAGAAUGCGUACUCGUCGUCGGACAGAAGCAGCAGCGGAUCGAUGUCCUCGCCACCGAGCUCGUUGACGUCCGAGUCAAGUAUGAUGUCCAAUACGUCCGGAGGUGUCGGAGCAACUGAACUACAGCCACCCCAGCAGCAGCACAAACUUCCCGAAUAUCCCAACUAUGCUAUCGAAGCGAAGCGGCUAGAAAGCUACGAAGACUGGCCAAAGUUUAUGAAGCAGAAGCCGAAGGAACUCAGCGAUGCUGGAUUCUUCUACACGGGCAAGAGCGAUCGAGUCAAGUGCUUCAGCUGUGGGGGAGGUUUGAAGGACUGGGAGGCCGGGGAUGAGCCCUGGGAGCAACAUGCUAUGUGGUAUAGCAACUGUGAGUACCUGAAACUAAUGAAGGGCGAAGAGUACAUCGCCCAGUGCUUGGCCAAGAAGGAAAAUUCUUCGGAAAUGUCCGAGCAGCCGCAGGACGUCGGCCCAUCCAGCUCCCCGCAGCCGUCAACGUCCGGAGUCGCGUCGGCGGCCACCACCUCGCUACCUUCAUCACAGUCAUCCAGUCUGAGCACUUCGGUCGAAGAAAGCAAUCCUAUGACAUCGAUGGCGGCACCCAUGUCCGGCAGCAGUGGCCUCGAGGAAGACGAGGACGAACCGAACCGCAAGCAGGACACGAGCCGAACGUGCAAAAUUUGCUACGUCAACGAGUACAACACCGCGUUCUCACCGUGUGGCCACGUUGUGGCGUGUGCCAAGUGCGCCUCGUCGGUCACCAAGUGUCCCCUGUGCCGGAAACCCUUUACCAAUGUGAUGCGAAUUUACCUGAUGUGAGAUUCUGACCCGAAAUAUAGUAUUGGAAUCUUCAAGAAAGUCCCAGGCGCAACAAUCGUGACGGACACAAUUCCUAUCGAAUCCGAUCGUGGUCAACUGCACGUUAAGGAGGUGCACUAGGAGGCUUGGAGCAAAGUACUAAAUGUUGCAUAAAAGGUUAAAUCGCAUACAAACUGACGUAAACCAUUGACAUUUUCAUCUGGUGGCGAACGCUCCAAAUUCAAAAUUAACAAGGCAAAAUUCCAUUCACUCAACAUAAUUUUGAAUGAGAUUUACGUCCGAUUGUCUGUGGUUUGAUGUUUUGAAAAAUUUCGGCGUUUUUAUUUGUUUUUUUUUUCUAACACCAUCAGGACGCUGGAAAACAUCGUGUCCUUUCACACUUCACAUGUAUUUAUUUGAGGAAAAAUAAUACAUUUAACGGUAAUUGUAAAAGCUUACGCUUAAUUUGAAACCCGACAGUUCAAAUUUCCUUAAGAUCGACAUCAACAGGAAAGUUCAGCAGUAACAGGCGUGACUGUUUGAAUUGUUGGUUCGAUUUUUCAGUCCAAUGCUCAUUCUGAGCAGGACAGACCGCCGGUCCUCGGGGGAAAACAUUCGGAGCUAGUUUGGAAUUUCAUCAUUAGAGUUCUCACUUUGUUGUUGAGUAUUCAACUGCUAAUCGGAGUGAGAACAUAUGAUUUAAUUCCAAAAUUGCUCCGUCUCCGUCAGUGGACCGCGAAGGUCAAGCAGAACAUUUUAAAAGGAUCGAACCUGGUGUUACUUUGAUUUUGGUUAACGAGUCAUUUUAAUCUGCACUGUACUGCCGCUCGAUGCAAGCCUGUCCCAUAUGUAAUCUCGUCAAUUUUGAGUUAAUGAUGCAGUUUGGUUCUAAAUAUAUCAGAAAAACCAAUAAAAAUCUCACUUUGUCGUAAAGUUCUAACAUCUUAUAAGCACUUUUCUUGACAUGCCGUUAUUACAUAUGGGACGGACUAGAUUCAAACAGCAGUGUAAACGUUAAUGAAACGAAAAUAUAUUAAAACAUCUAGAAUGUCACAAUGUGUUAUAGAAUAGGUAUCAUACUAAUUUCUAAUAAUUUCGGUAAACUCUGUACAUAUAAAUAUAUGAGUUUUAAUACAUAAUAAACAAACAAAAAAAUUGUAAAAUCUACUGUAAA